CUCGCCUGGGGUCCUUAUCACACGGUUUUGUUUACAACAACGUCACCAGGAAAUACAUCCUGAAGUGUUAAAAUCAAAAUGCGGAGACAGGACUCUCAGGACUCCCCUCUUUUUGGUGAAGAUGACAGUCACGUCAGGCUAAAAGAGUCUAAAAUUAGGCAUCCUCUAGCCUCAUUCUUCCAUCUCUUCUUCCGAACAAGUGCCAUCCUGGUCUACUUACUGUGUGACAUCCUCAGCAGUCGUUUUAUUGCCUGUAUGGUCACCAUCAUCCUCCUGCUGUCAUGUGACUUCUGGACUGUGAAGAACGUAUCUGGCAGGCUGUUGGUGGGCCUUCGGUGGUGGAAUCAAGUGGACGAAGAUGGAAAGAACCACUGGGUGUUUGAGUCAAGGAAGACACACAGUGUGAACACAACAUCCAGCGCUGAGUCCCGGAUUUUCUGGCUUGGCCUUAUCGUGUGCCCCAUCUUUUGGAUUGUCUUUUUGUUCAGCACCAUCUUCUCCUUCAAGAUUAAAUGGCUGGCUGUUGUAAUAAUGGGCUUGGUUUUACAAUGGGCCAACUUGUAUGGUUAUGUCAGAUGCAAGGUGGGUGGAAAGUCCAACCUGAGAAGCAUGGCAAAGAACUAUCUUGGUUUCCAGAUUUUUAAACAGGCAAUGACGAAAACGGAGGGACCUUGAAGUUGAAGAGGACAAGUGACAACCAUCUCCAGUGAGAUGGAGAACAAAUUGUGUUUAUAUGAUUCCUGUUGAGAAGGUGGAUGGUCUUUUCUUGCGAUGUAAGGGUUUUGUAUGUGUUUGUUUCCUCUGAAUUUAUGGAUUGAUGAAUUCAAGAAUAAUUGCCAAAGUUUUCUAUACAUUCAAAUAAAAUACAAUGUAUUUUUGAGACAUAAUACAUACAACAGAAUACAAUUUUGAGAUUAAAUUUAUUUUGAUAGUAGAUCAGUGCAGGGGACAGUUAUAUUUUUAUUGAUGUGAAGUAGUUGUUUUAUCUAAAUUAACAUUCGGACCCUUCCUUGUAAGCUGAGUUUACCACAAGACUGUCAUAGCCCCUUAUGUGCUUUAAUGUAUCUUCUACCAGCAUUUAGUUAAGCUUUAUUUAUUCAGGAGAUCUCAUUGAGAUCAAGAUCGCAAGAGCGACCUGAAAACAAAUUACAUAAACACAAGAUCAUCACAACAAGACAUUUCAUUCACUCAAAACACACACACACACACACACACACACACACACACGACCACAGUGUGGCAGUUCAUUCCAGUUGUGAGGUGCAUACUACUGGAAACAUUAACAUUAAAAAAGUUAAAUGCACGAUACCUGAGGGAUUUGGACCAAGAAAUUGCCCUAAAUUCAGGGCACUUUUGUUCUAAAAAAUAAGCAUUAAAUGUGUUUCACAUGCAGGAGAAAUUAUUCCUGUUGGCUUGAGGUGUUGUCACUUUUUGACAACUCAGCCCUUCAGGCAUCAUCUAUGCAUGUGAAAAAGGACAUUUUGGGAAACUAUAGAUAGAGUUAUCAUAUUUAUGCUGCUAAUAGACUGCUUUACGUUUUUUUUUUUUAAUCAAACCUUAUUUUGUUAAAAAAGAAAAAAAUGUCAUUUACCCAGGACUUCUCUGGGAAAUUGUUAUGUUUUACAAACAGGACAAUAAAGUUUUACCAUCA